AUGUCUUCUUUCUUGCUUGCCGUCCUCGAGCACGUCAAAGUCCCUCCUCCUCUUCCUGUUUCCAUCCCCGACAACAUCACCGUCGACGUCAGCGACGGCUCCGCCGACCUCCCCUCGCACAUGCUCGCCGUCUGCAAGAAGGACAUUGCUGAGGGCGAGUGCAACAUCAUCGCUACGCUCGUCGCCCACGAGUGCGUGUGGGGACAUCAACUAACCCCUGCGCAAAUCACCAUUCCCAUCGUCCCUCUUAGCCUCCUUAGCCCUGAGCACUUCCGCGAGCUCAUGGGCUACAUCUUCACCGUUUGGUGCUUCACAGCUCCAGCGGAUAUCAUACGUGGGCAUGUGACCUACUACUACACUCUAGGUCUGUCGGACAGUAAGAUCGCCGAGAGCUGCCAGCAGCACUUCAACACUGAGGUGUACGGCCUUAGCAAUACAACGGUCAAACGUCUACGAGCCCAGUGGAACUUGCCCAAAACUCGCCAGCAGAACCAUACUGCUGUAUCAAUAGACCCGUACUGCCGUGCUCUCAAAGCCCGGUACCCUACCUAUGGAGCCCGACAGAUGACGAGCACCCUGCGCAUCACGUACAACAUACGAGUUUCAGAGUCAAUGGUGGGCAAGUGGCUCAAGGAAUUUGAGCCUAAUGCCGUCCAAGCACGCAAGCAUCGCAAGUUUAAACGCCAUCAGUUCUGGGCUGCUGGAGUGAAUGAUGUUUGGGCGUUUGACCAGCAUGAUAAAUGGGCACGCUUUGGUCUUUUUCUCCACCUUUGCAUUGAGCCGGUCGCCGGCGAGAUCAAGUGGCUGAAAAUAUGGUGGAAUAAUUCAAAUCCUCGUCUCAUCACAAGCUACUAUCUGGAAGCUGUGCGUAGCAUUGGCGCUGUGCCCCUUGUCACUCAGAGCGAUCCAGGCAGCGAGAACUUUGGCAUCGCAAAUGCCCAGACGUACAUGCGCCAUACUCUUGAUCCUACACUUGCAGACACCUUACAACACCGUUGGAUGCGCGGCCACAUGAACAUCAAGCCAGAGAUCAUGUGGUCGGUCCUCAAUCGCUCAUGGAAACCUGGCUUUGAGGCCAAACUUCAGUACGGUAUUGAUAACGGGUGGUAUAAUCCUGCAAAUGAGCUUGAGACCCUCGUAUUUCGCUGGCUGGCAAUCCCUUGGCUUCAAGCAGAGCUUGAUGCGUGGGCACUACACUUCAACUCGACGCCGAGACGUGCAAGCAAACACAAGGUUCUCCCGCAGGGAAUACCAACAAUGAUAGCCCAGAACCCGGCUGCAUUCAACGUGGUUGACUUCAAGAUUCCUGUACCAGCAGACCUCGUAGAUGAGGUCGAGGAACUGUGGGCACCUCCUGAUCAUCCAGUUUUCGAGUGCGUUCCACCGUACAUCGCAGGCAAGCUGGAGGAAGCCAUUGAAGCCUUGGGUCGGCCUGCAAUCUCCAUGGAGACGUUCUGGGCUAUUUACCUCCAGGUACUCGAGUACAUCAGGAAAAUAUCCCCCUCGGAAUUAGCAUCAACGCCGCAACAUUCACAGCAUUACUGCAAAUACUUGUGA